AUGUUUUCCUCGAGGCGAAGCCCUUUUUACAUUGUCAUCGUAAUUUUCGCCCUUUCGCAGUCCGCUGCUGCUUUCAGUUUCGACACCGGAAAUUUAAUUCUCUACGAAGACGCGACUGAAGUCCAGAACCCACUUCGAUCUAGCUAUUUUGGCUAUUCUGUGGCACUCUGGAGCCCGCAGAGCAAACACUUGAAUGAAUCGUGCAUUUUCAUUGGAGCACCAAGAGCCAAUUCAACGGGAUACCCGAACGUUGCAGAACCCGGGACUGUCUUCAAGUGCGAAAUUGGCAAACGAUGUAAGGAAUGGAUAUUCAAACACGGGACGUUUAAACCUGGCAAGGGUACCUGGCUGGGCGGAUCAUUGAUGACAGAAGACCGAUCAGAUGCAAACGUUGUGGUAUGUGGACCAAGGUGGCUGGAUGAAAUCAAUGCUAUUAACCAAGCAGUCUUCAAAAUGAAAGGCAUUUGUUACGAGCGUGCAGCCAAAGAAAACAGUUUUACUCAGCAUCAGCACAUACUGGCUGCCAACGAGAGCCGCACCUACUAUGACGAAUUCGGGGUUUCUAUUCACAUUCCCGAUCAAACUGAGAGAAAAGUUGUGAUCGGUAGUCCAGGAUGGAAAUGGGGAAUGGGAAUACUGACAGAGAUUCUACACGAGAAUGGCAAAAUUCGAAUUAUGUACCCCAUGGAAUUGGAUAUGCAGGGGUAUUCUGCAUAUGCCGGAUACGCGGUAACAUCGGGUUUCUAUUUUAACCGCGGUAAACGCAUUUUUCUAACUGGUGCACCAAGGAAUGCAGAACUUCGUGGCUCAGUUUUAUCAUACAAAUCAAGUCACAUUACUUCAAUCGGCUCGGGAGAGCAGGCUGGGGAAUAUUAUGGAUACGCUUUGGCGUCCUGCGACGUCAACGGGGACAAAACGGACGAGCUAAUCGUCGGCGCACCUCAAUGGACCAGACACGAAGGAAUAGACGAAGGAAGAGUUUACGUUCUUAAGGGAAGCCUGGAUAGAACAUUUGAGGUUUUAAAACGUCUCGAAGGAAAGACGCCACUCGGAAGAUUCGGCUCGACGAUCACCUGCCUUGGAGACGUCGACUUCGACGGAUACGAAGACGUCGCCAUUGGCGCUCCGUACGCCGGAAAUGGAAAGGUUUUCAUAUACCGUGGAAGCAGGACAGGACUGUUGAGCGAAUAUAGUCAAAAAAUCUCAGCCCCCGAAAACACGAGAGGAUUUGGGUUUUCGAUUUCCGAACCAAGAGAUGUCGACCACAACGGAUAUGCCGAUAUUGCGGUUGGCGCUUAUUUGUCAGGACACGUAGCUUUGAUCCGAUCGAAACGCGUUGUUACUACGAAAGUUACCCUGACGAGCGACACGCGACAAAUAACGCUGCAAUCGAAUCGCCCCAACUUUACAAUAAGAGUGUGUUCCUCUUACGUGGGAAAAUAUGUGGAAAAAGAACUGAGUGUGCAGAACGAAUUGGCGGUAGACGAAGUUUAUCGAAGAGCAGAAGUUGUGAUUGGUACGGAAAAUAAACCAAGACAUAUUUUCGUUCAUACGCUGCGAAAUUCAAUACAAAACUGUACGGAAUUUGUAAUCAAUGUGACGAAGAAUGACAAUAGUCAUCAGGCCAUAAAACUCUCUGUGACCCAGACUUUUAACGAAAAUACUAAAAGCGGGAUCCUGCGGAUUGGAAAGCACGGGAUACUUGGCGAAGAUCUUUUCUGUCGCGAUUGCGUCGUAACCGAUCCCCUUCGCUCGACAUUCCGAGCAGACUAUGAUGUAACAUUGGCAGCUAAGUGCGGCCGUGAUGGCCAUACUUGCCGAUCAAAGUUGGGAAUUGGUCUGAAAACCGUUGACCAGUUUGUAAUUGGUUCUCCGUCAGCCUUGACGUUGAAUGUCGACGUGAACAACACCGGCGAGCCAGCAUAUCACGCGAAGGCAAUGAUCCGGAUUCCAAUUUCAAUAACUGUCGUUGACAGUACCGGAUGUACUUAUAGAACGGCGACGGAUAAUUUCACGGAAAUUACGUGUCAAAUUGCAAAUCCCUUGGGAACCAACGCAAUGGAAACUAGAAGUAUAUACUUGGAUCUGUCGAGAAUUCCACGGGAUACGAAAAGUCUUAACUUCACGGCAGAAGCAACAACUGAGAGCGACGAUAUUUCGGGGAGAGCUAAUGCAACUCAUUCGAUCGAGUGUAAAGUAGAAAUUGAUGUCGGCAUUUCGCGAAAAAGUACAAUGGACACGAUCGGAUUUGCUCGGACAGACCUGGUAGAAAAUUUACCGAAUAAAUCGUUUGAACACACUUAUCUGGUGAGGAACUACGGACGGACAGUAAUUACGAAAAUCGUACUCGCCGUAUCUGUUCCGACGCAUUGGAUACAUGAUGACGAGAAAAUUGAAGUCGUUAGAAUCAGCGAAGUACAUGGUAAACUGGACAGAAAUCAACUGAUUUGUGAGAAUGCGACAGAAAACGAAGCCACAACACCCGCCUCAUCCAGCGUCGACGCAACGACGAUAACUGAGUGGCUGAAUGAAGAAUCUCCUUCAACGACCACCAAGUUUUCAGUUAUCGAGGGCAAAGUGUUCAGCAGUUACCCCGAUAACAGGACGAUAUACGUCAAUUCGACGAAUCCUUCGUUCAAGUCGACAACAAUAAACUGCGAGUUGGCGCCAUUCCAAAGCACACAAUCGGUAGCCGAAGUUACUUUCUCGUUCGAGUUAAUGCUUUCCAAGUUUCCGCCCGAAGUCAUCCAAGCGAAAGACAUAAUAUUCUUCGUAACGAAUGGCAGUAUCGCGAUUUCAUCGCCCAACGUCAUCGAUCGUCAAACUACUAACAAUGCAUCCGACGCAAUGAUGAUUGGAACAGUGUUGACUGGAACCCAAAUUGAACAUCAUGUAGCUCUAUGGAUCUUAGCCUUGGCAGUUUUUUUGGCUCUGUUACUUCUGAUCUUGAUCAUAUUUGGACUCUUCAAAUUCGGCUUCUUCAAGAGAAGCAAGAAGAUGGAACUCAAAGCGCUAUUACAGGAACAAACCGAUGAAUCUACUGGAACUUCAGGUCCAGCCAAUAAUGCAAUGGGACAAUCGCCCGCCACUCAGUAA